AUGGGUAAAGUACCUGAACGGAGAGACUGCAGGGAAAAUACACGCUACCAAUCAAUAAGUUUCACGGUCGAGUACCCGGUUUCUCAGACUGGGAAAUCCAAUGCCAUACGCUAUAGUUCUCCCGGGAACUGCGUCAUGGUCCGGAUAGAACGCGACCCGCCCUCCAGGGACCAAGCGGAGGGCCCAACCGGAGACUGCUCCUCUGGGACACCGCGCUGCUGGUGUCGCCCACCCCCGUGGGUUGAAAGAUCUCCAUUAUCAGGGGGUUUUAGUGGGUAUGGGUGGGUUUCUCCACCACCGAGUCCCACAUAA